AUGUCUGGUAAAGUGCAAACCGAUCAAGAGCGUCGCAAGCAGAUCAGCGUUCGUCACAUUGCUGACGUUGGCAAUGUUUCCGAGAUCAAGCACAGCUUCAACCGUCAUCUGCACUACACUCUGGUCAAGGACCGAAAUGUGGCCACCACGCGUGACUACUUUCUGGCGCUGGCCAACACUGUCCGCGACCACCUGGUCGGACGAUGGAUUCGCACGCAGCAGAACUACUACGACAAGGAUCCCAAGCGCGUGUACUACCUUUCUCUGGAGUACUACAUUGGACGUCAACUGUCCAAUACGAUGCUGAACAUUGACGUCCAGUCGGCCUGCGAUGAAGCCCUCUACCAGAUGGGUUUGGACAUUGAGGAACUGGAGGAAAUUGAGGAGGACGCCGGUCUUGGCAAUGGCGGUCUGGGACGACUGGCAGCCUGCUUCCUUGACUCAAUGGCCACGCUGGGAAUUGCUGGCUAUGGCUACGGACUGCGCUAUGAGUACGGCAUUUUUGCGCAGAAGAUCCGCAACUGUGAGCAGGUGGAGGAGCCUGAUGACUGGCUGCGCUUCGGCAACCCCUGGGAGACAGCUCGUCCCGAGUACCAGAUUCCAGUGCAGUUCUACGGACGUCUGGACGGCACCAAGUGGGUGGAUGCAAUGACCGUGUUGGCAAUGCCCUACGACAGUCCGGUACCUGGGUACCAGAACAACGUGGUCAACACCAUGAGACUGUGGUCGGCCAAGUCGCCAAUGAACUUCGACCUGAAGUUUUUCAACAACGGAGAGUACAUUCAAGCGGUGAUUGAUCGCAAUGUGGCAGAAAACAUCACCCGUGUGCUGUAUCCCAACGAUAACGUGUUCGAAGGUCGUGAACUUCGUCUGAAGCAGGAGUACUUGUUGGUGUCUGCCACGCUUCAGGACAUCAUUCGUCGAUUCAAGUCCAGUAAAUUUGGCUCCGUUGAACAUUCUCGUACAUCGUUUGAGCAGUUUUCCGAUAAAGUUGCCAUUCAGUUAAAUGAUACUCACCCUGCUCUGGCCAUUCCCGAGUUGAUGCGCAUCUUUAUGGACAUUGAAGGCAUGAGCUGGGACAAAGCUUGGGCAAUCUGCGAGAAGACGUUUGCCUACACCAACCACACCGUCCUCCCCGAAGCUCUGGAGCGCUGGUCGUGCGGACUCAUUCAGCACGUCCUUCCGCGCCACAUGCAGAUCAUUUACGAGAUCAACGCAAAGCACCUGGAUGCAAUCGGUAAGAAGUACCCGGGCAAUUUUGACAAGCUCCGUUCGCUGUCCCUGAUUGAGGAGGGUGACGACAAGAAGGUGAACAUGGCCAACUUGGCCGUCGUUGGAUCGCACAAAGUCAAUGGCGUGGCGGCAAUCCACUCUGAAAUCAUCAAAAAGACUGUCUUUAAGGACUUUUACGAACUGACGCCCGACAAGUUCUGCAACAAAACCAACGGCAUCACUCCCCGCCGUUGGCUGCUCAUGUGCAAUGCUGGCCUGGCUGAUAUCAUCAGCGACAAGAUUGGCGAAGAGUGGCCUGUUCAUCUGGAUCAGCUGGCGAAGCUGAAGCCACUGGUCAAUGACGCCAACUUUGUUCGGGCAGUAAUGACGGUCAAGUCGGAGAACAAAAUGCGCCUGGCUGACAUUAUCUACAAGGAGAACGGCAUCAAGAUCAACGUGGCGUCGAUGUUUGACAUUCAGGUGAAGCGCAUUCACGAGUACAAGCGCCAGCUACUUAACUGUCUGCACAUUAUCACGCUGUACAAUCGCAUCAAGCGCGACCCGAACGUUGCCAUUGUGCCGCGUACCAUCAUGAUUGGUGGCAAGGCAGCCCCUGGCUACCACAUGGCCAAGCAGAUCAUUCGCCUGAUCUGCAAGGUGGCCGAAGUGGUCAACAAUGACCCCGUUGUGGGAGACCGUCUGAAGGUGGUCUACCUCGAGAACUACCGAGUCUCAUACGCCGAGAAGAUUAUUCCUGCCGCUGAUCUGAGCGAACAGAUUUCCACUGCCGGCACUGAGGCCUCUGGAACUGGUAACAUGAAGUUUAUGUUGAACGGUGCUCUCACUAUUGGCACUUUGGAUGGCGCCAAUGUGGAGAUGAAGGAGGAGAUGGGUGACGAGAACAUCUUCAUCUUUGGCAUGGACGAGCACGAGGUGCUGGCCUUGCAGCAGAAGGGCUACAACGCCUGGGACUACUACAACUCCAAUGCUGAACUGCGCACUGUCGUUGACCAGAUCAACAAUGGCUUCUUCAGUCCCAACCAGCCUGAUCUGUUUAAGGACGUUGUCAAUGUGCUGUUGAACCACGACCGUUUCUUCGUCUUUGCCGACUACGAGGCGUACAUCAAGUGUCAAGACAAAGUCUCUGCUCUCUACAUGAAACCACAGGAGUGGGCAAAGAAGGCAAUCCUCAACAUUGCCUCUUCCGGCAAGUUUUCAAGCGACCGAACCAUUGCCGAAUACGCUCGGGAGAUUUGGGGCGUGACUCCGUCAUAUGAGAAACUGCCGGCACCGCAUGAGCCAAAGGAGCUGGCAGAGAACAGUGUCAACGGCAAAGCAUAA